GGUUUCCUAGAAGCCAGAUCAAAGCACCCCUUAGUGCCUGUACUCUGAGGGUAAGGCUCAUCGCCACGAUCUAUUGCUGCUGCUUCUCCAGCUGGCUUCUGUAGAGACUGACAGAGGAGACAGCUUUGCAGGAUAAGGUAGCUAUCAAGAUGCUCUAUUUGCGAAGUUCACAGAUGCUCCAGAUGUUGGAGAGCUCCUUAAGGAAAUACCUUCCUGAGUCUUUAAAGGUUUAUGGAACUGUCUUCCACAUGAACCAGGGAAACCCAUUCAAGCUCAAGGCUCUGGUGGACAAGUGGCCUGAUUUUAACACAGUGGUUGUCCAUCCUCAAGAGCAGGAGAUGGCAGAUGACCUUGAUCACCAUACCAACACUUACCAGAUCUAUUCUAAAGAUCCUAAGCACUGUUUGGAAUUCCUUGGCACACCAGAUGUCAUCAACUGGAAACAGCAUCUGCAGAUCCAAAGUUCACAAUCCAGACUAAAUGAAGCAAUAAUGAGCCUAGCAGCUGGUAAGAUGGUCAAGAUCAAGAGAACACAGUGCAUUCUCUACAUGAUGCCUGAGACAGCAAAGAAACUGGUUCCUUUCCUGUUGGAGGAUGCAGAGUACUUAGAUCAUGAAUCUGGCAGACCCCGGGCUAUCGACCAAGAAAUGUUUAAACUCUCAUCACUGGACGUUGCUCACGCUCCCUUGGUGGAUAAAUUCUGGCAGUUUGGUGGUAAUGAGAAGAGCCAGAGAUUCAUUGAGCGCUGUAUCCAGAUCUUUCCUAGCUCAUGUCUUCUGGGACCUGAAGGGACUCCUGUGUCCUGGGCUCUGAUGGACCAAACUGGAGAAAUGCGAAUGGCAGGCACAGUGCCUGAUUACCGGGCACAAGGCCUUAUCUCCCACAUCAUUUAUGCUCAGACUCUGGUUAUGGAUAAACGUGGCUACCCUGUGUAUAACCAUACAGAACAAGGGAACAAAGUCAUGCAGAAGAUGAGUCAUACUCUGCACCAUGUCCCCAUGCCCUGUGACUGGAAUCAGUGGAACUGUGCACCUCUGUGAUUCUGGUGCUCAACACAAGGCUGUGUUGACUAGGCUAAAAUAAAUCUGGAGGAGUGGAAGGUGGUCAUAGAGAAAAUAUAGAUUAUAAUAAACAAUAAAGGGGUGGGCAUUACUUGGGCUCUGGGAAAGCAAUGUGAAUGGCUAACACUAUACCAUGGUCCCUGCCCUCAUAUUACCUUUUAUAUCCAGCAGACCUGUAAUGGCCAGACCUCUCCGCUGAGCCACCAUCUUCGUUCAGUUUUCUACAUUCUGGAUAUCAGAGACACAUGUAUUCAGCUGCACACUACUAUCCUCAUGUGGAUUAUUGCCCAUGAUCAGUUUUGUCAGGAUGUGGUGCUGAUGUAGGACUAGUGUACUCUUUUCCCCAGCACUCCUUUAUUUAGGAGCUAGGAUACUUCUCAUCAACGGGUACUUUGAAAUGAUCACUUCACUAAAAGUCCUUUGAUCUCUGUUUAAUAACCAUGCAAAAUAAUGCAUGAAUAAACACAUGAUAGUAGUUGGAUGAUACCUGGAAAACUAAUUUUUAAGAAAAUGCAUUGUGCAUGUUAAAUGUGUACAACAUGAGGCUUUGGAAGUAUGGGUAGACAGUGAAAAUGUUUUCUUUAGUGAAAACAAUUCACAGAUUCAUCACCUCAGGUAUUUACCAUAUUUUGAUUUGAUAUUAAGAGUAGCUAAAAACCUCAUUUAGUAUUAAUCUCAUACAGUUCAAUGUUAUUAUGAUCUUCAUGUUAUAAAUCUCUAGAUUGCCUUAAGAUGUGUAAAGUUUUGUAAUUCUCUGAUACACAUAUUCUUUCACCUCAUCCUUAACCUUGGUGACUAGCAUUUUGUUGUUUUAAAUUCAAUAUAUAGUUGAAUUAUGCAUUGGUUUUUAUCUGCCUAGCUUGUCUCAUGGAGCUUAUCUCAAAUAGCUUGUCUCAUCACCUAAGUUCAUUCACUUUAUAGAAAAUGGUAGGAACUGGUUCUUGUAAAAGAUAUUAUUUACAUUGUGAUACCUAAUUUUCAUACCACAGUUUCUUUACCCAUUUGUCCCUCAACAGACAUUUAGGUUACUUCUCCAUCUUGGUAAUUUAUGAAUGAAGGAGUUUGUCUUUAUGAAAUAAUUGACUUCAUUGCAUACAAAUUCCAAAGAAGGAUUCAUAGAUAA